UCAGCACGAUUGACUUCGCGACCACCACGCAACUUAUUAACCAUUCCGACCCACAAAAUCUCCCCAAAGUCAGGAUUUGUCGAAGGUUUUUUUAUUUAUUUAUUUUGCUCGUGACGCGGACUUACAAGCCAGCAGCAGCAGCAGCUGUGAAAGCAAUGAAAGCUUGGACACUUUUUCUUCUUCUUGACUUUGUGCUGUUGAACGCGGCGGUGAACAAUGUGACGUCAUCGGAGGAAGAGCUGGCACGUUCUAUUUUGGGCAACUUCCUGGACCCUCUCCAAGAUGUGUUGGACCAAAAGCCUGAAGUUAAUCAAACGGCGGCCAGGUUCUCCCUGCGUAGACCCUCCAACCCGGAAGACGACCUGUGCUACAUCCUUCCUGGCCGAGCCGAGUCCCUGGCAACUUGUGCCUUCAACAGCACCGCCAAGACCUUCCUGGUCAUCCACGGCUGGACGCUGAGCGGCAUGUUUGAGAGCUGGGUGGCUAAGUUGGUGUCGGCGCUUCACCAGCGAGAGCGUACGGCCAACGUCAUCGUGGUGGACUGGCUCGGCACGGCCCAGAACCACUACGGGCUGGCCGCCCACAACACCCAGGUGGUGGGACGGGAGGUGGCACGCUUCAUUGACUGGAUCCAGGAAACCAGCAACAUUCCUCUUGACGACCUCCACCUGAUUGGCUACAGCCUCGGGGCUCACGUGGCGGGCUUUGCCGGCAGCCACGCCGCCAACAAAGUGGGAAGAAUAACCGGUUUGGACCCGGCCGGGCCUGACUUUGAGGGAGAGCACAGGCAGCGUCGCCUGUCCCCGGACGACGCUGCCUUCGUGGACGUCCUCCACACCUUCACCGGCGACUCGCUGGGUCUCAGCAUCGGGAUCCAGCAGCCCGUGGGACACGUGGACAUUUACCCCAACGGAGGCAGCUUCCAGCCGGGCUGCAACCUGAGAGGCGCCCUGGAGAACAUCGCCCACUUUGGACUCUUUGCCAUCACCGACGCGGUCAAGUGUGAGCACGAGCGCUCGGUGUACCUCUUCAUCGACUCCCUGCUCAACCAGCAGGGGGCGUCCAAGGUGUACCGCUGUGGCAACAACCACAUGUUCGAGCGCGGCAUUUGUCUCAGCUGCCGCAAGAGCCGCUGCAACACGCUGGGCUACACCAUCAGCAAGGUGCACAAAGUACGCAACGUUCAGAUGUACACCAGGACCACAGCAUCCAUGCCUUUCAGAGUUUACCACUACCAGCUGAAGAUCCAUAUGUCCUGCAAGCUGAAGAGAUGUGAGACAGAAUCCUCGCUGAGUUUCUCCUUGUUCGGAACCAAAGGAGAAGCAGAAAAGCUGCAGUUUAAUGUGAAGGAGAAGAUGGCGUCCAAUAAGACACAUUCCUUCCUGCUGGUGACGGAGAAGGACGUAGGUGACCUGCUGAUGGUGACCUUCAAGUGGGAGGAGUCAAAGGGCUGGUCCAGCACCAGCAUGGUGGAGAUGCUUUCUGCUUGGUGGUCCGGACACUCGGACAGCACCAACAUGAUGGAGGUGCACAGAGUUCACAUACGAGCUGGAGAGACCCAGGAAAAGAUGGUGUUCUGUCUGAAAGAUUCAGCCAAGUUAGCGCAGGAGGAGCUUACCUUCAUCAAAUGUAAAGCCGCAUGGAAAAUGUCUCCAACAGGAACUUCCAGAAGAAUCACUUUGGACACCCACUGACCUCGCAGGCAACACACGUCCACCAUGUGGCUCCACUUCAGCACUUAGUACAUCAUUUAUACCCCCUAGUAACUUAUCAUUUAUACCCCC